AUGUCCCCUUGCUGGAGCUUUAUGUUGCGUGCUCCUCUUGCAAAAGCUGCUGUACGAUCAGUCAGCCAGAAGAACAAUCCUAUUUUGGCGGCUCCACGAUUUCACCCAUUGGCUCGCUCCUUUUCCGCUCUUCAUGCUGACAACAAUCAAGGAGGCUACGAUGAUCACUAUGAUGUAAUUGUUGUUGGAGGUGGCCAUGCUGGCUGCGAAGCUGCCGCCGCUGCAGCCCGUACAGGUGCCAAGACGGCACUGAUCACACAACGUUUAGACACGGUGGGGGAAUUAUCUUGCAAUCCUUCCAUUGGUGGCAUUGGAAAAGGCCAUUUGGUGCGAGAAGUGGAUGCCUUGGGUGGAUUGAUUGGUACCGUGGCCGAUGAUGCAGGGAUCCAUUAUCGUGUCUUGAAUCGUCGCAAGGGACCUGCCGUGCGAGGACCUAGAGCACAAAUGGAUCGAGAUUGGUACAAGGAGAGUAUGCAACAACGAUUGGUCUCGGGGGAGUAUCCCAAUUUGACCUGCUUGCAGGGAUCGGUACAGGAUUUGCUGUUGGAUGAAUCCAAAACGUCAUCAUCCCUGGAGUCCUUGGCACCCAUGAUGAGCAGUGGCGACAACAACAAAAAUGGACUGCUGGGAAAGUCAUCCGAAAAUGAAGAUAACCUUCGAAAGUUGGCCACUAUAGCAGUGGAAGAUCGAAAGGCUCGAAUUCGUGGAGUACAAAUUGAAACAGAAGAUGGAAGUACACGAGACGUCAUUAGUCGCACUGUCAUUAUCACCACGGGAACUUUCUUGCGGGGAGUCCUGUUGAUGGGACAUGAUCGAUACAGUGGAGGCAGGCAUCUUCGCGAUUCAGAACAGGUCGAACCACCAUCGGUUGGAUUGGCAAAAACCUUGGCUAGAUUUCAGUUCCCACUAGGACGACUCAAGACAGGGACUCCACCAAGGCUGGAUGGAUCCACCAUUGAUUGGGAUAUCUGUCCCAAGCAACCCUCGGAAAUUCCGGCCUCACCCUUUAGCCAUAUUCUGCAAUUUCGGGGUGAGCAACCACCUCGUAUGGCCGCCAACCAAAUCAUCACAUGUGCUCAAACAGCCACCAAUGAUCAGACACAUGAGCUCGUAAUGAAAUACGAAGAUACGUUGCCCCACUAUGAUGGAAUGGAUGGUGCUGGCAAUGGACCGAGGUAUUGUCCUUCCAUUUACAAAAAGGUACAACGCUUCCCAGAACGCAAUUCACACAACUGCUUUCUCGAACCAGAGGGAUUCGAAUCCAAUAUUGUCUACCCCAAUGGCAUGAGUGGACCAUUUCCACCUGAAAUUCAGCUGAAGAUUAUGAGGUCCAUGAAGGGACUCGGAGCAGUUGAGAUUGUCCGUCCUGGCUAUGAUGUCGAAUAUGACUUUGUCAAUCCACAAUCCCUGACACAUACUUUGGAAACCAAAGCCAUUGCAGGGCUGUAUCUUGCCGGACAAAUCUGUGGAACAACCGGAUACGAAGAAGCAGCCGCACAAGGCAUUGUGGCAGGAGCUAAUGCGGGCCAAGUGGCCAAGGCGGCCGCUCAGGGCGAAGGACCUCCUCUUCCCUUUAUCAUUGGACGCGAUGAAGGGUAUAUCGGUGUCCUUAUUGAUGAUCUGGUGACACGAGGAACGUCAGAGCCAUACCGCAUGUUCACUUCGAGAGCGGAAUAUAGGAUCAGCCUUCGAGCCGACAAUGCCGAUUUGCGCUUGACUCGAAAGGGCAUGAACGCGGGUCUCGUCCAUGACGAAGAACGCAUUGUAGCAAUGGAAGCACGAGAGUCGCUCAUUGAGGAUCGGGUUCAAAAGCUUCGUCACUUUGAUAUGAAGGUGAUUGAUUGGGCGGAACGUGGAGGGGCUGUUUUUGGAGGAGAUCAGGUAGAGCGCAAGAAAGGUCAGAAGAAGACAGCAGAAGAAGUUCUGGCCAUGCCACACACAACAUUGGAUCGUGUAGAAGACAUCAUGAUUGAGGUUCAGAAAGAGCAAAAGGCAGAGCAAGAGGCCAGGGCAAAGGGAAAGGAUGCUAGUGAAGUUGUCGAGGAUGACUUUUUUUUCAAGAAGGAAGAACCGGUUGAAGUGAUGGAUCCCUCACCAGUUUCGGUGUACGACACUGUGGAAGCAUCAGUCAAGUAUCAAGUGUUUGUCAGGAGACAGCACAGAGAUAUGGAGAGCUGGAGAAGAGCACAAGGAUCCAGAAUCCCUCCUGACAUUGUCUACAGCACAGAAACACUCCCGACCCUGAAGAAAGAGGAGAUUGAGAAACUGAACCGAGUCCGGCCCAGUACUUUUGCCGAGGCUUCACAAAUUAGUGGGGUCACACCUCAAAGUUUGGUCUAUGUAUAUCAUUAUGUGAAAAGAAGAAACCAAAACCGUGAAGGAGGCAAGAACAGCAAUCCUACUGCUAGAGUGGAGGCGCAGCAAUGA